AUGGCUGAGUAUACUUUCGACUAUUUUACUGUGAAGUUUCCCACAGACCUUCAAUAUGUGGCCCAUGUGGAGAUUAACCGGCCAGAUCGGCUGAACGCCUUUGUCGAAGCGAUGUGGUUGAAUUUGGCCCAAAUCUUCAACAAACUCUCCUCUGAUCCCUCGGUCCGGGUAAUCGUUCUCAGCGGUGCGGGAGAGAAGGCAUUUACCGCCGGGCUGGACGUGAAGGCAGCUUCUGAGGGCCUAUUGUCCUCGGAGACGCAGAAUGACGCUGCCCGUAAGGCCGCACUCCUUCGACGCCACAUUGCGGAGUUCCAGGACUGCAUUACUGCGGUUGAGCGGUGCGAAAAGCCAGUAAUAGUUGCCCUCCAUGGCUUCUCUUUGGGCCUCGCUAUCGACCUGGCCACCGCCACAGAUGUGCGAGUCUGUGCCAAGGACACUCGAUUUGCGGUCAAGGAGGUAGACAUUGGGCUUGCAGCGGACAUAGGUACGCUCAGCCGACUUCCCAAGGUCGUUGGCAACUACGGAUGGGUCAAGGAAGUCGCUCUGACUGCGCGCGAGUUCGGCGCCGAGGAGGCCCUGCGUGUUGGGUUUGUGAAUGCCGUGUACGAAAACCGGCAGGCCACCCUCGCGGCCGCUUUCAAAAUGGCCUCUCUGAUGGCCAAGAAAAGUCCCGUCGCGGUACAAGGCACCAAGGAGAUCUUGAACUACUCGCGCGACCACUCCGUUCAAGACGGACUGCGCUAUACCAGCGUUUGGAAUAGUGCUGCUUUGCAGACACAGGAUGUAUCGGCAGCCCUAUUAUCGGGGCUGCAGAAGCGAAUUCCCACAUUCGAGAAGCUUUGA